AUGCUGGGCAAACAAAAGGAAUACGAAAUGCAAAGCCAGCGACCACUAAAUAAGUGGAGUGGACGGACCAUUAGAUCGACCAGCUCUUCAUUUUCAACUUGGAGCUGCUGCAGAACGGACAAGAAAAUGACAGACCACAGGUGGAUGCACUUCAGCAACGGCACCGUGCCGCCGAACGCGGUGGUGGCUGGCCACGAUUCGGAUGGGGACACCAUCUACGUGGGCCGCGCCUUCUUCCACAACGACAUGCUGCCGGCGAAGGUGAUCCCGAACAAGGGCAAGGCGUACGUGGCCUACGCCCGCGAGGAGCACGAGCUGGAGAACUACGAGGUGCUCUCCGGCUACAACUACGAGUGGCUGCCGGCGGAGAACGGGGAGGUGCCGCCGGGCGCAGUGAAGGUGGGCCGCAAUGUGGACGGGGAGUACCUCUACGCGGGCAGGGGCUACCAUGCCGGCAGUCUCACCAUGGGAAAGGUGCAUCCCUCGCACGGCUGCCUCUACAUCCCCUACGACUCCGACGAGGUGAAGAUCUUCGCAUACGAAGUGCUUAGCCAGCCGGAGCGCUGGGUGGACACCACGGCCACGAACAUUCCGGAUGGAGCUCUGGUGGCUGGACACGAUUCCAAUGGGGACACCAUCUAUGUUGGCAGGGUGUUCCGCAAUGGAGAUCUCCUGCCUGCGAAGGUGGUUCCCGCCAAGGGAAAGGCCUAUGCCGCCUAUGCCCAAGCGGAGCACGAGUUGACCGACGUCCAGGUGCUCACCGGCUCCGGAUUCCGCUGGGUGCCCGCCUCCCAUGGAAACGUGGCGCCCGGAGCCCUCUCCUCCGGUCCGAAUGUGGAUGGGGAGCCCCUCUACGUGGGCAGGGCCAUCUACUGCGACAGCUUGAGCGUGGGCAAGAUCCAUCCCUCCCACGGCUGCAUCUACAUCCCCUUCGGCGGCGAGGAAGUGCGCCUCGAGAACUACGAGGUCCUGGUGAGGAUCUAAACCCUGAUGAUCUGUAGCGUUUUUUUUUAAUAAACCUUUUUUUAUACUCGA